AUGCAUAUUCUGGUGAUUGUCUUAAUAGUUAUGUCUGCAAUGGCAACACAGCAGGCCAUCGUAUCGAAAACAUUGACGGUUGGCACAUUAUUUCCGUAUAUUGCAUCUACAAAACCGAUAGUAGCAGUAAACUAUGACUUUCCUGGGCCAUUAAUUGAAGCGUAUGAAAAUGAUACUAUCAUAGUUCGUGUAAUUAAUAAUCUGGCUCAACCAACAACCAUUCAUUGGCAUGGAAUGUUUCAAAUCGGUACACCAAAUAUGGACGGUGUGGUGGAUGUCACGCAAUGUGCUAUACCUUCUUUUAGUGAAAUGACAUAUAAAUUCAAGGCUCAACCUGCGGGCACUGCAUUUUAUCAUGGUCACUAUUUGGAUCAAUAUGCAGAUGGUCUCAUUGGUCCAUUGAUUAUUCGUCGAAAAGUUGAACCGAAUCGUCAGCUGUACGAUACUGAACGAAUACUGAUGGUUUCAGAUUGGUACAAUGAUGUUGCUCGAACCAAAUUAUCACCUUGGUAUCUAAGUGCAAAUAAUCCAGAUGGUAAUGAGCCUGUACCUGAUGCUAUUGUUGUGAAUGGUAAAUUCUCUAAGUCAUUAUUUGUGACAACGUCCAAUGCAACACGUAUCCGUUUUAGAAUCAUUAAUGCUGCAGCAUUUUCUAUGUUUACUGUUUCAAUUGAUGGAUUACCAUUACAUAUUAUUGAACUUGAUCAAACAGCUGUAGUGCCGUACACUGUUUCUUCUUUUAGUAUCAACGUUGCCCAACGGGUUUCUUUUUAUGUGAAUUUAAAAGAGUUCAAUGGUACUUUUGUACCUCGCCAUAUGCGACCAAUAAAAUCAGUUUAUAUUCGAUUUAAAGCUGAUGCGGAAAUGUAUCCAGUUGAUAUUAAGAGCUAUAUUGCUCCAUAUGCAACUUGGCAUGUUCCAUACCCAAUAUUUCUCAAUCCAUUAUAUCUGGCUAUUUUAUCAUUUGGUUCACAACAUUCCUUGCCAAAAUAUUCUGUCGAUCGAACAAGUUCAUCAUUGAGUAGUCAAGCUUUACCAACACAAAAGGAUACUAAUAUGCUAAGUGCUCGACCUUUCAGUCAAGUAAACAAUAGAGUUCCAAAUGCAACACAUAGGCUAGAACUUGUCAUCGCAAUUUUUCCAGAUUCCCUUAAUAUUACUCGUGGAUAUUUGAAUAAUGUUACAUAUGGUUCCAAUUCUAAUAAUAUUAUUAAUGGAUCGGGUCUUACUCACAGCAUGGUAUUGAGCAAAACAACACCGCUACUUUAUCAGAUGGCAACGAAUCCUAGGGCAAUCGCCAUUCCAUCUCCUGUCAGGAAAAACAAUAGUUCAUUACCAAUUAUACAGAGUGAUGGCAACGGACACUACUUAGUUCCGUAUCAAGCUGUUGUCGACAUACUUUUAGUGAAUCAAGAUGACGGCGAACAUCCAUUUCAUCUUCAUGGUCACAAUUUUUGGAUCAUAGCAACGUCGGACUAUCCUCAAGCCGAACAAUUGUAUAGUACAGCAUAUCUUCAACGUGAUGUAGUGAGUGUACCAGCUUCAGGUUGGGCCAAAGUACGAUUUUUAGCCAAUAAUCCAGGUGUUUGGCUCUUACAUUGUCACAUUGAAUGGCACAUGGAUGCUGGACUCACUCUAGCUUUCAUAGUUGGCCCCGAACAAUUAGUAGCACAAGGUUAUAACGUUACAGCCAAUCAACAGAGUUUUUGCAAAUAG